CUUUGACAUUGAAAUUGCAUGAAUUGCUCAUUAGUACUGUCGUAACUGAUGUCAUUUUGAUUACACUAAACCGCUUAUUUGCAAAUGUUUUCCUAACUGACAUUGGCAACGGACGUAAACACCCGUAUUUUAUGGUAGACGAUCUGUGUGUAUUGCACAAUUGAACUGGCAGGGCUUUCCAAUCGGUGCUUUAUAUACGCUGAUACACGUGGAGGUUUUGACGAAGGAAGGAUUUUUGUUUUGAUCGGUGACGUGUUCUCAUGUGACGAUAGAUAUUCCACGACAAGUGGAAUUGCAUGUACAUAAUUUACGCAUUACAGUAACACCGUAAACAAGAAAGAUGGCGGUCACAUCUGACCCAAAUCAAGUUUUGGACAUGCUUUUUAAUGACGAUGAUGGUCUGCUUAAAUCUGAAGUUUCGGGAAUACAGACUGUUAACUUCUCAGAUCUUGGGCUUUUCUCAGAAGGAGAUGGUGACCUGCUGGAAAGUGUACUUAAAGAAGCAAAUCUAGGAGACUUAAAUACUGAUAUAGAUAUUGACCAACCACAACAGAAAUCUUUCUCUACCCAUACAGACCAUGAUUAUUUCGCUCAACGAUCACCAACAAACAGUGACAGUGGAGUGUCGUUAGAAUCUAGUGCUUACUCGCCAAGAAGCAUGGGCGACGAACAAUUACAGAACAGUCCAAAAGAAUAUUAUUUAUCAGACUCCUCAACAAAUUUCACAACAGAUUUUGUGGAUAAACUAUCAGAACAUAGUCCUCUAGCUUUGGAGGAUAUGAACAUGGAGGACUUUAGCAUGGAUGGUGUGGAUGGUUUAACAACAUCGCAUCUCCUCAGUGAACAAGACUUCUUGACAAAUAUUGAUAAUCCACUUACAAAAAACAAUGAAGCAGUGACUAUUAGUUUAGAUGACCUGACCAGUGAAGGUGAAGGGUUGAGUUGUGUUAAUACUGUCCGUAUCAUUAAAGUCUCUUCCCACCAUACAGACGGCCUGCCAUUCACUAUGAAGGAUGUCAGCACCAAAACUACAAAGUUUCCUGAGCUACGACUAUCAGAUGAGGAGAAAGAACUGCUGGCUAAAGAAGGGGUCCAACUACCAACAGACAUGCCGCUCACCAAAGAGGAAGAGAAGAUCCUCAAAGCUGUUCGCAGGAAAAUAAGGAACAAGGUAUCAGCCAAAGAAAGCAGAAAAAGGAAGCAGGGAUAUGUUGAGGGGUUAGAAAAGCGAGUAAAAAUGUCCACUACAGAAAAUCAACACCUCAAAAAGAAGGUGGAAAGCCUUGAACAUCAUAACCAAACACUCACACAGCAGCUAAAGAAACUACAGUCCUACAUUUUAUCAAAAGCAAAUAAGCCACAAACAUCUACAUGUAUUAUGGUGUUGGUGUUGUCCUUUGCUUUCAUCAUUGUGCCCAACUUCAGCCCACUGGGAAAGAGAGACAGCCUGGAUGCUAAAAAUAUUCCUAUGGCUGGUAAGUCACGCAGUCUCCUGUAUGAUUCUGGAUAUGACGUUGAGACUGACGUUGAUGACCCCUAUGGUAUCCAAGUGUCUGUGAAACCUGGACCACCUUGGGAAAUACCACCCAAAACCCCAGCUGUGCAUAUACCGACAAAUGCUCAUGCGCCUGUUGAGUUUGAAAUGGACCAAUCAGAACAGCUCAUGGACCAUAACAAAAUGGCUGAAACCAACAGUGAAAAAGACAAUGUUGCUGAGACAAUCACAAACAAAUUGACGGAGAAAAAUGACACACAGUUGAAAUAUACAGGAUCACAUGAGGAAAUUUGAGUUGUUACACUGGAAGUAUGAUUGUGUGUUUUUAAAAAAAACAUUGUUUGAUUUGUUUAGUGAGAGUGCAUGUGGAUUAAUUGUUGUUAUCAUGAGAUAUCAGUUUGACUGGUGAUAUUUAAUCAUUUCACAUCUUCCUUGUAUUGCUGUCAACUUUGUUUAGUCACAAAAGACUUGUAACUUAAUUUACAUUUGAAUGCAUUACAUAACCAAAAACAUAUUCAUUGGAGUGACAAUAGAAAUAAUAUCCCAUUCAAGCAGAGGGUUAGAGAAGCUAUGUGAUGUUUGAAAUGAGGUUACUCUACAUCAUUUUUGGACAUAAAUGAUUAUUUUUUUCAUGUUUUUUUUUUUACAUUAAUUCCUUAGUACGUUUUUUCCAUAAAUCCAUAAAUUUGUCAUAAAUCUUUAGUUAACGGUAUGACCAGAUAAUAUUUGCCCGGAGGUUCAGCAGGAUUUUUUGUUGUCCGAUGUUUUAAUUGUUAUCAUGAGUGCUACUUAUCCACCAGACUUUAUCCACAAUGCAAUUUGUAUUUGAUAAACCAUGAAAUUUUAACACCAUUUAGACACAAAAUUUUACAGUAUUAUCAUGAGGGUGAACAAGAUUGACAUUUUGUUUAUCUCUGUAUUAUAGUAAAUGAUUUGUUACUACAGGUAUGGUAAUUAUGAACUAAUUAUACAGUUACAGUGUAAAUCGGAGUCUCAUGUAGGUGGUAGGUAUACUUACAAAAAAUGGUACAGUCCUUAUCUACACACAGCACCACACUGUUUGAUCAGCCUCGAGCUAUUGAGAUUAGUGAUCUUGUUAAGGUUCCUAUAAUGCUUGGAAAUCUUCCAUGGUUCUAAAGGACUUUACAUAAGUAUACUUGUCUGGCCUUUCUCAUAUCUGAAUCAUAAACAAAUCAAUCUAGUACAGGUCAAACAAAUUAAAAUGGAAUUAAACUUGUCUUUUUGGGAGAGAGUUUCGAGUAUCAAUGAUUGGGCAAUUGGUUUAUAGGUUUAAUGUUUACUGAAUUGUCAGUGAAACAGGCACAGCAUUGUGAACUGCUGGUUCCAUGGACUGUACAAUGCAAUUCAGCGCACAGUUUUCCGAUAGUGUCCUGAAUCCCCCUGUCAAACUAGGUAUAUAUAAAUAGGAUCAAUUCCACAUGGUAAUUUUACAUCGGACUUCGUUUUUCUUUUCAGAUAUUUGUUUCCCUCAAAAAUUGUCAGAUGUUCGUUUCCUUCAAAAAUUAUCAGUAAUACAAUGUUUUUAUCGUACAUAUUGGUAUAGCUAAAGGAACAAAAAGUAACAAGAGCUGCUUAAUCAUUUACAAUACCAAUGGAAAUCAAAUUUAGUCUUGGAAUAUUCAUUGUAAAUAGUACCAAAUAUUUACUGUAUGUUUUAAGUUACAGUAGAAUUUACAGUUAGAAUAUUCUGAUGUGUACAAAUAGUGCUAAUAUUACAUAAUGAAAUCCAGGUGUAAUAUAAUGAAAUGAAGAUUUUUUUUAAUAGUUUUCUGCAGAAUAAUACUUAAAAAUACAAAACUGGAACACAGAACUUGAACAUUCAGGAAAUACACUGAUGUCUUUUUUUUUCUGUCUUGUAUGUUUUUUCUAAUACAACUAGAGUCAUGCCAUGAAAUGACAAUUAGAUGUGUUUUUUUCAUGAUUAUGAUCAUAGAAAUGGCAGUAUCUUGGACUUGAGAGGGUCCAUAUUUAUAGAAGUUGAGGUUACAGGUUGUCUUACAAUUACUAGCCUUGGAUAGUGGGAAUUUCCCUUCAGCAGUGUCUGGCUAGAGACAGAAGGAAGGGUUUCUAGUUCAAACUCCAGCAGUAGCAAGAUUCACUCAACUGUAAAAUUUUUGUAAAUGAUGCUUACCCACAUACAAGGUACAGCCAUUGAAGACAUGUCAGGCAAGUGAUGGUUAUGUAACUUGUGUAACUUUCACUCUCUGUGAUGUAGCAUGUAAUCAGUGUAAGAAUAUUUUUUAUGAAAUUGACCCGAGAUUUAUCAAAAGAAUCAUUGUAUUAAAUUGUAAAAUAAAUUGGUAGCGCCAACAAACUCAGAAUUAUAGUGUUUGUGUUCAGUAAAUCAUUUUAAACAGUACAUUUGGUUUGUGCCUAUGUAUCAGGUGAUUGACAAAUUCCUUUUGAUUGUACGGGUACAGUAGCACAAACUAUUAAUGGCAACUAUGAGUACACCUGGUCUGUUUGCAAAAAAUUCUGAAUAAGGAAAUGAUUAAAAUAUUAUAUCAGGAUUGUUAAAAUAAACAUGAAAACCACUGUUCCACUAAAAGAUGUUUUGUCAUGUGAUCCUACUCUGCAAAUAUACUUUGAAAAAUUUUACUUGUGAAAAUGUAUUAGUACUUCGGUUGUGCAAUUCAUUUGUAUUGCACAUAUGAUAAAAUAUACUUGUUUAUAUGUUAGAAGAAUUGGUUCUGUGAAUUUCUGUUCUACCAAAGUUUCAGGGCACUCAUCACUUUUGCCUUAUUAUCUUUUGAACCGAGCAUGUAACUUUUUAUCUGAACAGUUAAUUUAGUUAUUGUAUGUGAAGAUAAUUUGUAUUGUUUUUUAGACAGUUAGCAUUUGGUCAUGUACAAAUUAUUACUGUAUUUGAUGGAAAAUGAUGCAAACAUUAAUAGAUUUUUCAUAUUUUAAUGGAAUGGCAAUGACAGAUGAGAAUUAUCAGAAAAUCUGCUUGUUAAUGAUACUUUGUUAUGUCUGUGCAUACACAGGUAUGUGACUACUGGGACAAGGAGGGGUAGUACUCUACCUGUCCCGGUCAAUAAAACCUUAAUGUUGUGACUCCCAGUAUUUUUUUGAAGUUUUUCCUCCUUAAUUUAUUAAUUUCCCCAAAAGUGUUUCUUUAAAACACAACAGAUUGGAUGUGUAUGUUGAUGUGAGUUUAAUACCAAAUGAUAAUACCUACCUACAAGAUUGGUUAUAGCAGGGGAAUGUAUUUGAUAUAGACUGACAGUGUAUGUACAUCAUGAUGUAUAUUUGAUAGAGACAUACAGUGUAUGUACAUCAUGGUGUAUAUUUGAUGUAGACUUACAGUGUAUGUACAUCAUGAUGUAUAUUUGAUGUAGACUUAGUGUAUGUACAUCAUGAUGUAUAUUUGAUGUAGACAUACAGUGUAUGUACAUCAUGAUGUAUAUUUGAUGUAGACUUACAGUGUAUGUACAUCAUGAUGUAUAUUUGAUGUAGACUUAGUGUAUGUACAUCAUGAUGUAUAUUUGAUGUAGACUUAUUGUAUGCUGUAACUGUGACUGGCUUUAGAACUCAAGAUGUUUCUGAUGGAAAAAAAUUCUCACAUGCUUACUCUAACUAGGAUAUUUUGAGCUUGUGUAGAUUGCACACUUAUUAUCUAUUCAACCGAGCAUGAUGCUCUCUUUCUCUUAAGAAUUACACACCAAUUCCAUGUAACUUUUAUCUGAACAACUAAUUCAGUUAUUGUUUGUUCUUCUCAAAAACUUACUCUAACCAGGAUAUUUUGAGGUGUUGUAGAUUGCACUCACUCCUUUGUAUUUUCACCUGUACAUAGAAUUUGUACAUUGUUGUCAUAUCAUGUAAUAGUUGAUACAAAUUGUGUUUUAAAUAAUGGCCUGAUUACGCUGAGCGAUUGGAUGUUUGUAUUUACGAGUGUAAGUAGAGAGUGCCAGUGAUAAAUGUUUACUGGAUAAACCUGGAUUACCAUAUACUUUUGUUAUAACCCGUCUUUUUGUAUUAUCAGUUUUCUUGAUGUUUGAGAUAUUUUUUUUGAGAAAACCAGUUGUUAAACAAUAAAUUUUGACUUUGUGAAA